ACACAAACCUCAACUUCUCAACGGAGCCAAUGAGCCAAUUGUCAUUGGCUGUUUCAUAUGAAUGAAUCAUGCUUUCACUCACUCUCUAUCAAAAUCCAUUGACAGACAGACAAAGACAGUAACUAACAUCCUCGUCAUCACCACCGUCCAUUCCAUUGACCCAAAACCCCCCAAAAAAAAGUCAAAUCCCAACCCAUUACAUGAACUAAACUAAUUAUCGUACCCAAAGUACCAUUCUAUUCACCAAACCACAGGAUCCCACCCUCUGAUCCUUGGAAGCCAUUGAAAAAAAAAACACAAAACCCAGAAAAGAAAAACCAAAAGCAGAGCACAGCACGAGGUCUUCUUUUUUGAAAAUUAAAUUGAAAAAAAGAAAAAAGACAAAAGAGGUUUGUGUACUAAAACUACUAGUAGUAUUGUGUGUUAUAUGAUCACAUGGUAGACGAUGAUCAACAGCAACCCAAACGGCAUGCUAUCAACGGCGGCGGCUUCAUCGGCCAACACGGCGGUUCAGUCACCGGGGCUCAAGACCUAUUUCAAAACCCCAGAAGGACGUUAUAAGCUACACUACGAGAAGACUCACCCUUCGGGUCUCCUUCAUUACGCUCAUGGCAAGACCGUCACUCAGGUAACCCUAGCACAUCUAAAAGACAAGCCAGCCCCAUCAACCCCGACAGCCUCAUCUUCAAGCUUCAGCGCUAGCAGUGGGGUCCGAUCAGCUGCAGCAAGGUUAUUGGGUGGAAGUAAUGGAAGUCGGGCUCUUAGCUUUGUUGGAGGGAAUGGUGGGAGUAAGAUUAAUGGUGGGACUAGUAGGAUUGGGUCAUUGGGGUCUUCGAGUUCUAGUAAUUCAAUGGGUAAUUCAAACUUCGAUGGUAAAGGUUCUUAUUUGGUCUUCAAUGUUGGAGAUGCUAUCUUUAUAAGCGAUUUGAAUUCUCAAGACAAGGAUCCGAUAAAGUCUAUCCAUUUCAGUAAUUCGAACCCUGUGUGCCACGCAUUUGAUCAGGAUGCUAAGGAUGGGCACGAUUUGAUUAUCGGGUUGAUUUCUGGGGAUGUGUACUCUGUGUCACUGAGACAGCAAUUACAGGAUGUAGGAAAGAAGGUUGUUGGGGCUCAACAUUAUAACAAAGAUGGUUCUGUUAAUAACAGUCGUUGUACUAGUAUUGCUUGGGUGCCUGGAGGUGAUGGUACUUUUGUUGUUGCUCAUGCCGAUGGGAACUUGUAUGUGUAUGAAAAGGGCAAAGAUGGCGCAAAUGAUUCUUCAUUCCCUUUUGUCAAAGAUCCAAUGCAGUUUUCUAUUGCGCAUGCACGUUACAGUAAGAGUAACCCACUUGCUAGAUGGCAUAUAUGCCAAGGUUCAAUUAAUAGCAUUGCAUUCUCAACUGACGGGGCCUACCUUGCAACUGUGGGAAGAGAUGGCUAUCUACGAGUUUUUGACUACUAUAAGGAGCAACUUGUAUGUGGUGGCAAAAGUUAUUAUGGGGCUCUAUUAUGUUGUGCUUGGAGCAUGGAUGGAAAAUACAUUCUGACGGGAGGUGAAGAUGAUUUAGUACAAGUUUGGAGCAUGGAAGAUCGGAAGGUUGUAGCAUGGGGUGAGGGGCAUAAUUCAUGGGUCAGUGGAGUGUGUUUUGAUUCAUAUUGGUCAUCACCAAAUUCAGAAGGCACAGGGGAAACUGUCAUGUAUCGGUUUGGUUCUGUUGGUCAGGACACGCAAUUGCUUCUGUGGGAUCUAGAAAUGGAUGAGAUUGUAGUGCCCUUGCGGCGCCCUCCUGGUGGGUCCCCCACAUACAGUACUGGAAGCCAGUCAGCUCACUGGGAUAGUGCCUGCCCAGUUGGUAACCUGCAACCUGCUCCAAGCACACGAGAUGUCCCAAAGAUCUCCCCGGUUGUUGCUCAUCGUGUUCACACUGAACCCCUCUCUGGCUUGAUAUUUACCCAGGAAUCCGUUCUUACCGUGUGCCGGGAGGGGCACAUAAAGAUCUGGAUGAGACCUGGGGUAGUAGAAAGCCAGUCAAACAACUCUGAAACUUUGUCCAGUACCAGCUUUAAGGAGAAACCUUUAUUCUCAAGCAAGGUUGGCAGUUCCAGUUACAAGCUAUGAGCCUAUGGCCAAACCAUCACAAGGAAAAACCAAGCUAUUUUUCAUAUGCCAUUGUCUUUUCAUCUGGUUGGUUUCGUGUUAUGUAUACGAAACUUGAUUGGAGUGAGAAUAACCAACUGGAUCUAUUGUAUAUUCAACGUAUAAAAAUGCCGGUGAUGGCACUCAAGAGGUCGGGAGGGAGACAACCCCCCUUGUAAGUACAAAACGGCUGUUAGUAUAAUGAUUGACAGGAAUAACAUGAAGUUGCCCCUUUGAGAUAUGUUCUUCUCAGCAGUGCUUUCAAGAUUUAUUCUGUUGGUAGUUCAUUGUCAACAAUUACGUCAAAACUUUGUUGGAUUACGCUAUGAUUGAAGUGGUAAAAUCCUUCAGAGGCAUUCAUUUUGGACUUGGCUUGGAAUAAAAAAUUUGAGUUGACUCUCACUUUUGGGUUUUGAAACAAAAUACUCUCGAGGGGGAGGAUGAACUUAUGCAGAGAUGUAAAUUGUAACAUGCAGAAAGCCAUAAAUAUAUCUGUAGGCCUUGAUAUUUAAGUUUUCUAGAUUGGAUAGACAUCAUGAAUCUGGGUUAUCCCAGAUUCAGUUCGUUUGUUUUGGCAGCUGCUAUUGGGGGACUCAGAAGCACAAAAGACAACCCUUUCUUAUCAUUUAUCUUUCAUAUCUAUGGCGUUGCUGGCCUUAUGUUGUUUCUUAAUAUUUAUAUACAUUACUGCUAAAUCCUGCAAUUGCCUUUUGUUUUUACCA